GCGACUGUAAUCUGGAGCGAACCGAGGGUCGCUGCUCUCCCGGAGGCCCUGAACUGAGGGUCGCUGCUCUCCCGGAGGCCCUCUUCCGUUUCGAAGCCGAGGGCUGUGUUGCCGUGAAAAUCUCUCCCUAAACUAGUGCAGCUUUGGAGCUGGGACGGAGGUCCUCCCGGGGCUCCUCGUGACAGGGUGGCUUCGUUGUGAAUUUGGGCUUCAAGAGGACGUUACACUCGAAGAGCCUUCUGAGGCUAACGUACUGACGUGGUGGAGGAGCUGCGGCCUGGCUGGCUGGUUUUCUUGUCUACAGCCUGCUCUUUGAAAUAAAGCGCCCAGGGAGGCGCCAGGUAGAGUGCAUACCAGCAGCUCUUGCUAGGCCAUCAGAGAUAAAGUUUGUAUUCUUACGUGAAAAUUGUGGGGAUUGCCAGAAUAUUUGUGUUUGCUGAGCUGAGCAGACAUUCUUCCACUCUUAAAGCCCUUCCCCGAAGAACUACAAUGAGAGGAGCACUUCUCUUCGAGUCCUUACCAAAUGCCACGUUGUGCCCUAGGAACUGACUCUCUUUCAGUCAUUCAAGUCACGUGACAACAGACCAGAAAAUAACUUCUGGUGAGAAAAGAAGGUAGUCCAUCCUUCUGGAGCCAUAGAGAAGUAGAACUCAUGUGUCGGGUGGAGGAGAGCCGCGCUUGUAACCUGUACUCAGCGUUGCUCUCUAGUGAGCUUCUCAAACCAAGGCUGAUGGCAACACUCAUCUAUGAAUGUGAGAAUAACAUCCGGGCUGCUUGACCACGCGAGCCUGCCGCCAAGCCUGGGACCCAUCUCCGAUUGCAACAGUGACUUUAAACUCUUACAGCUCUGCACAGGAAGCAUCUGAUUAAUGAUUGACAUACUCAUUUAGGACUGCUUAGAUCCUGCAGAUAAUCCUGUGAAUUGAUUCAGCUAUUUGUAGCUGAGACUUCGCACCCAAAGCUUUUCCAUUUUUGCCAUUUUAAGCAGCCCAUAGCUCGUUGGAUCUGGCUCCUAGUGUUGAUUUCAGUAUGCUGCGACGAAAACCAACACGCCUGGAGCUCAAGCUCGAUGACAUUGAAGAGUUUGAGAGCAUUCGAAAGGACUUGGAGACCCGUAAGAAACAGAAGGAAGAUGUGGAAGGUGUAGGAACAAGUGAUGGAGAAGGAGCUGCUGGGCUCAGCAGUGACCCCAAGAGCCGGGAACAGAUGAUUAAUGAUCGAAUUGGUUAUAAACCCCAACUCAAGCCUAACAACCGCACAUCUCAGUUUGGAAACUUUGAGUUUUAGAGAUGAAUUCUCUUGCAUGCCAGACCUCUGGGACAGAAUACAAUGAUGGUAGAAAUAUAACCAGAUUUAGAGAAUUAAGUGUGUACAACCAAGGAGAAUGCUUUCUCUCUCCUGUAGGGAGAAAUAACUUCUGUGUGAAAUCAUUGCUGUUCAACCUUUCUAAUAAGCUGGAAGCCAAAUUCUGGCUUUUCCCUGGAAAAUUGAACUGCGGAAAGCUUACCUGAUUUUUGUUUUUAAAAAUAAAUAUAUUUUUGGAAAAA